GACCUCACGUUGUCAUGGUGUUGACCUGCAGGUGACCCGGAGGCUCUGAAGAAGAAGAGUUUCACCAUGAAGGAAGGAGUGGACUACAGAGUGAAGAUACACUUUAAGGUUAACAGGGAUAUUGUGUCUGGGCUGAAGUACGUCCAUCUGACCUACAGGAAAGGAAUCAGAGUGGACAAGGCGGUGUACAUGGUGGGCAGCUACGGGCCGCGGGUGGAGGAGCACGAGUUCAUGACCCCGGUGGAGGAGGCGCCCAAAGGCAUGAUUGUCAGAGGCAGCUACCACAUCAAGUCCCACUUCACCGACGACGACAAGACCGACCACCUCUCCUGGGAGUGGAACCUGGGGAUCAAGAAGGACUGGGACGAAUAGAGAGGAGUCUCAUUUCUCUCUCCCUCCUUCCCUCUCCCUGUGUCUCCACCUCUCCCUCCUUCCCUCUCCCUGUGUCUCCACCUCCCUCCUUCCCUCUCCCUGUGUCUCCAACACUCCCUCCUUCCCUCUCCCUGUGUCUCCACCUCUCCCUCCUUCCCUCUCCCUGUGUCUCCACCUCCCCUCCUUCCCUCUCCCUGUGUCUCCAACACUCCCUCCUUCCCUCUCCCUGUGUCUCCACCUCCCUCCUUCCCUCUCCCUGUGUCUCCAACACUCCCUCCUUCCCUCUCCCUGUGUCUCCACCUCUCCCUCCUUCCCUCUCCCUGUGUCUCCACCUCUCCCUCCUUCCCUCUCCCUGUGUCUCCACCUCUCCCUCCUUCCCUCUCCCUGUGUCUCC